AUGGUUCUCGGCCUCUGCUGUACCCACCUCAUGUCGAGAGGACACGCGGACUCAUGCCAACAUGCGAUUCGGCGGCAGCCGCUUCGUUUGGAGAUCAAGAAGCUCCUCUCUUCCCGGUCCGACCGCGUGAAGUGCGUCGACAUCCACCCCACCGAGCCGUGGGUGCUCAGCGCCCUCUACAACGGCCAUGUCUUCAUCUGGGAUUACCAGGCGAGCUCGAUGGUCAAGUCGUUCGAGGUGUGCCAGCUUCCGGUCCGGUGCGCCCGUUUCAUCGUGAGGAAGCAGUGGUUUAUCACGGCGAGCGAUGACAUGCACAUCCGCGUGUUCAACUACAACACCAUGGAGAAGAUUCAAGCGUGGGAGGCCCACACCGACUACAUCCGCUACCUGGAGGUCCACCCGACGCUGCCGUACGUGCUCUCCGCCUCUGACGACAUGAGCGUCAAGCUCUGGGACUGGGAGAGGCAGUGGGACUGCACGCAGGUGUUCGAGGGCCACGCCCACUACGUGAUGAUGGUGAAGUUCAACCUCAAGGACUCCAACACCUUCGCUAGCGCUUCCCUCGACAGGAGCGUGAAGGUCUGGGGGCUCGGCGCGCCCACGCCUCACUUCUCCCUGGAGGGCCACGAGAGGGGGGUCAAC